AUGUCGAAGUUUUCGUAAUUUUUAGAGGACAUCAGUGAAUUCAAAGAAAGGCCAGUUAAAUUAAAACAAAUCAAAAAGGUUCUAAAGAUUAAUGAAAAGAGCUUCCCUCCUUGCAAAAAUAUCUUGAAUUAUUAUUUCUAAGAAUUUUCAAAGUAGAUUAUAAUACUAAAAGUAGACGUACCAAUGAAGAACAUCGAACAAAAUGGCAUAGAAAGGAUAAAAUUUUAUUUGUAUGGACUGUGUUAAAAUACUUUGAAUUCAUAAAUAAGAAUGAUUUAAAUCCUGUAAUAUCAAUUUAAUAUGAUAGUCUGAAGAAGAUUGGCAUUAUCUAUCAAAUGUCUUAGGAGUAACAGAAUAGCUAUUGAAUUUAAAGUGGAUUAGUAUGCUUAAAACUAAUCUCAAAAUGGCCCCUUGGAACAAUGAGGAAGAUGAAAUAUUAUAAAGCAUUAUUGCAGAUCCAAGCGAAAACAAAAAUUGGACAUAAAUAACAAUAGAUUUCAAUAGAAUAAAUCCUGCAAAAAUAGUUAGACAUGCUAAAUAAAUUAGAGAAAGGUGGAAUAACUAUUUGAAUCCUGAGUUGAAAAAGUAAGGUUAAACAUUUAAUUAGAUCUGAAUGGUCAUAACCAGAAUAAUUACAAUUAUUGUUAUUAGUUUAGGAUAUAGGAAAGAGAUGGUCCCUUAUUUCCAAAAAAAUAUCUGGAAGAACAGAAAAUUAGGUUAAAAAUCAAUACAAUUCAAUGAUGAAUACCUAUAGAAGACAAAAUGUAAGAAAAUUUUAGAUAUUUAGCAGUUAGAUAAUGAAGAUGUGGCAAUUAAGAAAUUAUUAGCAAAUUUAUAAGGAAAAGAUUAUGAGGGUCCAUAACCUUUGUCUAGUAAACGUAUUAGAAAAGCAGUUAAUAACAAUAAUAAUAGUAAUAGUAAUAAUAUUAAUCAUAAUAUCAAUAAUAAUAAUAAUAAUAACAAUAAUAAUAAUACUAAUAAUAAUAAUAAUAAUUUUGCAAUACAUUAGUAUGCUUAAUAGGAUUAAAAGAUUAUAUAAAUCGAAAGUAAUGAAAUAAAAGAAGAACAUUAAUAAGAUUAAUAAUUAUAAUAACAAUAAAUACAAUUAUAGUAAUAAUAAUAAUUAUUAUAAAAUUAAUAAUAAUAGAUGCAAUAAUAACAAUAAUAAUAGUCACUCAUGCUUGGUUUACCUGUAUUUUCUCCUAUGUUGCCUUUCUCUCCUUUACAUUAUUUAAUCUGUAUUUAGUUUAUUCCUAUAUAAAGAGUCCAGUCCAAAUAAUUUAUCCUCUCCUUAUGAAAUCAGAAAUAAGAAUUAUUCAAGUUAAUUAUAGUUAUUUGAUGAUUUAAUGAAAUCAACAAACAAUCUAGACUAAGGUGCACCUUAAUCAGAAGUUCCUUGUUUAUUAAGGUUAUUCAAUUCACCUGCAUUUAAUCAUUAAGGAUUUCCUUAUGCAACGAUGCCUUACUAAUAACCUACCUAACAGUAACCUACAUAUAAUACAAAAAAAAUAAAUAAAAUUUAAAAAGAAUUGUUAAAAUUUGAUACAAGAGUAAACAGAGAUUGA